UGAAAAACGCAUUCAGUCCAAAGCUGCACAUAGAACUGGCUCAACCAGGAAACAUUAUUGAAACUGAAACAGAAGUAUUCAGACUUCAGAAACAAAUUUCCGUCGUCGCAAGAAGCAGUUGCCAAUAAUAUUAAGUCGGGCGCAAAGAUUCUGGCGUACCCGGAACCAUUCUGAUAAAAGAAGAUGGUAGUUAGAGGCAAUUUUUCAUUGAACAUUGUGUGUUAAUGUGUAAAAAGUUUUCAAAAGGAAGGAAAUCUCAAAAUGUGGCUCAAAAUGUCAGAAAGUUUCAGUCUUGUCAUAAAAAGGAUAGAUCGGUAAAGUAAACGUAAACACACAAGUUCAGUCAUAAUGUUCACAAAGCUAUUACGAUUAUCAAAAUAAACUAAAAAUGUGGCGUUUUACGGCAGAGAAAAACCAACUCAAUGGUAGUUAACUUAGUAUGUUGCAAGCGAUUAUCCCUUUAACAUUCUGGCACGUUUCGUGUGGCCUUUAACCACCAUCGUCACGUUUGGAAUACCUGUGGCUUGACAACUUUCGUGUCAAGGAAAUCUUAAUUUUACACGGCAUAGCAUUAACUCACUCAAAUCUAUGAACGAUGACAAUUUGCAAGAUUGCUUUCCUGGGAUUAUUGACGCUUUCGGUUCUCUACAGCUCUUUAGGCAUCAUUGUUUUUAAGAAGUUGUUGAAAUGUCUUCCCUCACGGAAUCACAAUCAUUUUUAGCAUUGAUUACGCAACCAUCUUCGCAAACAGUCCAAGCUGGUAUCCCUGUGACAUUAAAGUGUUCAGCGCAAUCGAAUAAAAAGAUAACUUACGAAUGGAAGCACAAUAAUAACACUAUCCAGACUGACAAGGAGCCGAGAAUUACAAUAAGAGAUGACGGUUCCUUGAGAAUAUCAAAAACAGAAUUGGAUGAUAAUGGAAUAUACAGAUGCAUUGCUUCAACAAGACGGGGGUCGAAGAAAGGGAGAAUUGUUCGAAAAAGUCGCUUCGCGAGACUAACAGUUGAAGGAAUGUGCGAUGAGGCUACAAUUUUGACCCGUCCCACCCACAUGACAAAGUUUCCCGUGGGAACUGAACUGUCGUUGCGCUGUCGCUGUCGCAGUUCAAAAACAGGGACGGUAAGGUGGAUCAAGAACGGUGCCACAGUCAGACCAGUAAAUGGGCGAAUCUCCUUGGAUCACCGAAAGCUAGUUAUAAACAGCACAAGCUUUGCCGAUAGUGGAAAUUACACUUGUUAUGUAACAAUAGACAAACUGGGCACAGCUAAAUCAAAUAAGCUCGAGAUUUGGGUGGGUAACAAACCUAAGAUGCUGGUGCACCCCGCGGACCACUUGCACGCUGUCAAAGGGCAGACGAUGUUCGUAAAUUGCCUAGCGACGGGCAUACCGACUCCAGUCGAUUACUGGUAUUAUGUUGGUCCUGUAUGGUCUCAACAUGUCAAGCAUUCCAUAAGAAACAAUUCGAAGUACGCCAUCUACAGCAAUGGUACUCUGGUCAUUAGAAACCUGCAAACGAAGGACAUGGGUGUCUACGAAUGUGAGGCAAGAAAUGUCAUGGGGUCAACAUCAAAACAAUUCAAGAUUUACACACCAAUAACUUUUAUAACGAAACCAAAAAACAAGACAGUUGUCAUGGGAAAAACAGCCGUGUUACGAUGUAACGCUUCUGGAGUUCCUCAGCCCAAGAUAGACUGGAUGAAGAUUCAUGGUAGAAUAGAUAAAAAGAGAACUCGACAGCUUGCAAACGGUAACCUGUUCAUUAGAGAUGCACUCAUGUCAGAUGCUGGGCAAUACGCCUGUAUCGCCACCACUCUAGAGGAGUUAAAGGAAAUCAAAGUGACCCUUGAAGUAGUAGAGAGUGACGUCAUAAAACUAAGCCUUUCUCACAAGCAUAGAAUCGAGGCAUUUCUGGGAGCACGGAGAAAAAUCACGUGCGAUUUCCACGGAAGCCCGCCAAUUACAGUCACGUGGACAAAGAAAGGCUUGGACAAGCUGCCGAGCAGAGUGGAGAAUCAUGGAGCGUCGCUGCUGAUAAAAAAGGUGGCACUCUCGGACGCCGGUCAAUACAUCUGCAACGCGUCGAACGCGUUUAGCUCUGGCACAUCUUACGUCAAUGUAUCUGUUUAUGAUCCGCUGCGUUUCCUGGUUGAACCAAACAACAACACGGCUACUGUCGGGGACUCAGUUUGGUUUCACUGUGUCGCCACAGGCAGCCCAAAACCUAGAAUCACGUGGCUCAAACAUGGUCAAGGCGGGCGACCUCUGGACGAAGAAAAAUACAAGGCACACGAGAACGGAUCACUUAACAUAAGAGACGUGCAGUUAAGCGAUGCAGGCAGCUAUUUCUGCAUAGCUGCAACAAAUGUUGACUUGAAGCAGAUAACAGUGCACUUGGAAGUGAAAGGUAAACCAGUGUGGUUAAAUUGAACUACGAAGGGUUAUGAGAAUUGACGACCGAACGGACUCAGAAGUUACGUCUUGACU